AUGGAUCAGCCUGGGAAGGUUCAUAAAUGGACAUCAGAAAUGGAUUCUACUUUGUGCAAUCUAGUUCAGGAGAACAUGCCUUAUAUACUAGACGAUAGAAUAAGACACAAAGAUAAAAACUGGAAAACUGUUUUGAAACAGUUUAACAAAACGUUCAACUUGAAUUUCAAGCAAUACAGAACCCUUAAAACCCGUUAUAAAUCUUUGGAAACAACAUUUAAAUUUAAUGACAUAGAUGGACUCAAUGGUGGUGUGGUGUUAAAUAAUGAACUUCAAUCUAUUUUGGUAAAGAUUAUUCAGCAUAAGGCUGCUCAUAAUGCACAGAAAAGAUCAAGCAAGCUAAAUCUUGACAAACUGGAAACAAAAAAAAAUAAAAACAACCUUCACCAAGAUAUAAUUGAUAAUGGGACCGAAAAUAACAAUGAUCAUGAUAAUGAUCAAGAUAAUGAAAACGAUCACGAUAUAGAUAAUGAUGAUUCUGAUAAUCUGAAAAACUUCGAAGACAGCAGUAUUUUUAAAGCUCUCCAAAAUAUCAACAAUAACCAGACCAUUGACGACCCAAACAGUAUUGUAAACAAUAACGAUACCAUCAGUUACAAUCAUAAUAAUGAAUACAGUAACAAUGCAAAUAUUAAUACUAAUAAUGGCAACAUUCAGCCAAUAAAUAACAAUGAUGAUAAUAGAGCAGAUAAUAGUGGUAUUAACAUUUGUGAGAAUAUUAUUGAUACAAAUACUACAUCCGAUGUUAUCAUGGAUGACAAUAACACUAUUGUCAAUAAUCAGAACAAUGACGUUAUUAAGAGAAAAAAUGAGAUAAUUGAAAUAAAUAAUAACAAUAACAAUAACAAUCAUAGAAAUCAAGAAAAUGAUAACAACAAAGAAAAUAUUAAACUCAAUACUAAAGAUAUACAAAGCAAUCCUGAAGCUACUCCAACGAAUAAUAAUAGUAUAUCUUCAUUAAAGGAAAUCAAUCAACUUCAAAGUUUCAACGAUGCUAAUUUUGAAAAUGAUGAAUCAUCAAGUGAAACUGACUUGAGAUUUGAUGAAUUUCAAAAUGCUUCCAACAAAAGACGAAAAGCUGAGAAAAAAACAGAUUUAGAGAUCUUAAAAGAAAUUUUAAGCAAACCAAUUCAAAUUAAAUUUCGUCAUAGUGAUGAUGAUUGUAGCAGUAAUGCUAAUAAACAAUAUAAUGGUAUUGUCAACAAUAAUCAAAAUAAAACUACUGACACAAAUAAUUCCAAUAAUCUUAAGAUAAUUUCUUUAAUUAAUGAAAAAUUCGACACAAUAGCAAAAAAGCUAGUUGAUUUAGAAUAUAAGUAUAACAAACGAUUUGAUAAAAUUUCCUCAAAUCUUGACAUAAUAAUGAAAAAGUUAGGAGAUUAA